CUCUCUAAAAAGGAGGAAGGAUUAUUUAGAGGAGUUUCCUGAAAAUGAAAGAAGUCAACUUUGAGACUCUUCUGCUACUUCUAAAGGCACCAUCUAAGGAGGCAGUUGUACGACUUUGUAAUGAGGCAUUCCUCACAAGAAAUGGAAUCGUUAAACCAGAUACUAUAAAAGAGGCAGCCAAUGGUCUACAGGUAGAACAGCAGGAAGCUAAACAGUUAAUUAGCUCAUUACAAGGAUUGGUGAAGAAUGCCUUGUUUCAUGGAUCGACAGAACCAGCAGUAAUUGUUAAAUUAUUCCCCAAUGACUUUCAUAAAAAUCUCAGGGAUCUGUUGGGGAAAAUUCUUAUAGAAAAUAUCCCAAACUGGAAAAAUAUAGCAGUCAAUAAUAUGGUGUCUCUACCCCGGCUUACUGAUUUUGACUGGCGAGUGGAUAUUAAGACAGCAUCUGAUUCAAUGGCAAGAAUGAAUGUGCCUACCUGCAUAUUACAAUUAAAGGUACAAGAGGCGAAAACAAACAUUGCUGAGAGGCCAAAUGAAAACAAUGUUAAUGUUGAACUGUCCAAAGAGACACUGGAGACUAUGCUAGAUGGACUUGGAAAAAUAAGGGAUCAGUUAUCGUCUGUGGCAAAGUGAUGAUAUUCCAUAAAGAUAUCAUUGUAUAUUUGGAGACAUGUCAUGCCUGAAAAUUUAUAGAAAAAUACAGUUUUAAAGGAGAAGCAAGGCUGUUUAAUGCUUUAAAUAUAGAAAUAUUUGACUUACCCUUUAUUAAUUUGUCUGUUGCUUAACCAUAUUACAAAGAUAUUCUAUUAUGAUUAUGGUCAUAUUUUAAGCGCAUUCUUGGGUGCUUUAUUAUGAUCGUUUUGGGGCUAAAAAAUUUAUUGAUGUAUA